CCGACCCUGAUAUUCCCAAAAAUUUGAGAAGCUCCAGAGACGAACUUUCAAAUGCGAGACCUUUUGUUUGUGUUUAUUCAUUUUUAGUUUUGGCCCAUGUCCUAAAUUUGAGACCCUUCCAAGUCGGCCAGCCAUGAGGUAGUAUCCAUGUAAAGUGCAUUGAACAACACUUGAGAAUAUGAGAUUUGUGAAAACUUUGAAAUGCACAUGAUGCAUUUUGUGUCCACUGUUGUAUUGAUGAUACGGUAUCAUCAACGAAUUAAAUACCGAUAAUCCCAAUCUUUCAGUUUUUAAAUUAUUGUUAUUCCAAUUGCCCCCGCCAACCCAACUCACUUUUCAAAUAUCAGUUACUCUUCAUAGCAUUCCCUGUCAUAUUGUGUGUUGUUAUAUAGGGUGAAAGCAUGAGUUGCCGAGAGGUCGAGAGGAGAAUCCUCCGGCUCCUCCACGACCGCAAAUCCCGAACCCAGCUUACCCAAAUCCACGCUCACUUCCUCCGCCACCACCUCCACCAGUCCAACCAAAUUCUUGCUCACUUCAUCUCCGUUUGUGGCUCUUUUGACAAAAUGGCAUACGCCAAUCUCGUCUUUCGCCAAACCCACUACCCCGACAUCAUCCUCUUCAAUUCCAUGAUCAAAGGCCAUUCCCUGUGUGGACCCUUUGAUGAGUCCCUCCAUUUGUUCUCAGUCAUGAAGAACCGUUGGAUUUGGCCCAAUGAAUUCACUUUUGCACCUCUUCUUAAGUCGUGUACGAAUCUUGUUGAUGUCAAAACGGGUCAAGGGGUUCAUGCUGAGAUUCUGAGGCUUGGAUUUGAGCGUUUUGGUUCCAUUCGAAUUGGAAUUGUUGAGUUGUAUACUAGAUGUGCGAGGAUGGAUGACGCAAUGAAGGUGUUCGAUUCAAUGCCUCAGAGGGAUGUGAUUGUUUGGAAUUUGAUGAUUCGUGGGUUUUGCAAAAUGGGUGAUGUUGGGAUGGGAUUUCGUCUGUUUAGGCAAAUGAGUGAACGGAGCAUUGUCUCUUGGAAUUCAAUGAUCUCUGGUUUAGAAAAAAAUGGCCGCGAUGUAGAAGCUUUAGAGCUUUUCCAUGAAAUGAGGGACAGUGAAUUUGAACCGGAUGAGGCAACUGUGGUCACGGUGCUCCCUGUUUGCGCUCGUUUGGGGGCUGUUGAUGCUGGCCAAUGGAUCCACUCUUACACUGAGUCAAGGGGACUUUACCGGGAUGUCAUUUCUGUGGGAAAUGCGCUGGUUGAUUUCUAUUGCAAAUGUGGGGUUUUGGAAACUGCUUUCAUGGUUUUUAAGGGCAUGCCUCUUAGAAAUGUGGUUUCUUGGAAUGCCAUGAUCUCGGGAUUUUCUUUCAAUGGAAAGGGUGAGGAUGGGGUUAACUUGUUUGAGGAGAUGAUAAGCAAAGGCGUGAACCCUAAUGAUUCGACUUUUGUUGGUGUUCUAACAUGUUGUGCCCAUGGAGGAUUGGUGCAAAGAGGUAAAGAUUUGUUUGCUUCAAUGAUUUCAAAUCACCAAAUCAAGCCGAAACUUGAGCAUUACGGAUGCAUGGUUGAUCUUCUUGGUCGUAGUGGAUGUGUGAAGGAGGCUCACCACUUAAUUUGCACCAUGCCGAUGAAGCCAAAUGCAGCUUUAUGGGGUUCAUUGCUUAGUGCUUGCCGUACUCAUGGUGACAUGGAGCUGGUGGAAUGUGCAGUUAAGGAGCUUAUUAAACUAGAACCAUGGAAUUCUGGUAAUUACGUGCUGUUGUCGAAUAUUUAUGCAGAAAGAGGUAAAUGGGAUGAAGUCGAGAAGGUAAGAGUGUUGAUGAGAGAAAAUAGAGUUGAUAAAUCACCGGGACAAAGCAUGGUCGGAAAUUAACACAGCAUCAGUUUAAUUGGUUUACUUCUUGUUCAUGGUGCACGUUUGGGGUCCGGUAUCAUGGUUCCCUGCCGUUAAAUUAUGGAUGGAGUCUUUCACUUUAAAGGAUUAGGGAAUGACAUGCGACAACAUAAGAGGGCUAAUAUCUUGAAGCAACAGUUUUAAACCUAUUAAAGGUAAAUUUGGCGAAAAUGAAUUCAUAGAUAAGAUAUGUAACUUUUUUUAAAAAUUCUGGUUAGUUAGCAUCAUAAAGGGAAAUAAAGAAAUCUUGUUAUUUAUGCUUCUUCCACCGGUGCUGGAAUUCUCUUUGCAAAUAUUGAAGGAUAUGUUUUGUGUACGAAAAGAGAGAUUAUAAUAAAAUAUAUUUAACCUUUUGGA